AUGAUAUUUGGGAGGUUGCUUGUGAGAAAUUUGGCAACGAAAUGCGAUGUAUUGCAGGUUCUUCGAGAGAGAGGGUUGGUUCAGCAGGUUUCACAGCCGGAGAAGUUAUUGUCUGAGAAACUGAGUAAUGGUGAUAAGAUCAAACUAUAUUGUGGAGCAGAUCCCACUGCGAAAUCUUUGCAUUUGGGUAAUUUACUGCCCUUAAUGGUUCUUUUGAACUUUUAUGUGAGAGGGCAUGACGUCGUUUCGUUAAUUGGUGGGGCCACCGGCAAAGUUGGUGACCCAAGUGGGAGGAAAACUGAGAGGGAUGUUAUCGCUGAAGCAAAGAGACAAGGGAACAUUGAAAGGAUUGUGGAACAGUACAAGACAUUUUUCACGAAUGGAUUGAAAUACUACGAGUCUAGGAUUAAGGAAAGAGAUGCACCAGGUAAGGUCACCUAUCUAAACAAUAUUUCGUGGUGGCAGGAUGUUAAGAUGUUAGAUUUCCUUGCUACUUACGGUAAACAUAUUCGUAUACAGAACAUGUUGAGUCGUGAUUCCGUUUCUUCGAGAUUGCAAAGUCAAGAUGGUAUUGGUUUCAACGAAUUCACGUAUCAGAUCUUACAAGCAUACGAUUUCUACCAUUUGUACUCAAAUGAACAAGUGUCCAUCCAAGUUGGUGGUAACGAUCAAUGGGGUAAUAUUACAGCGGGUAUCGAUCUUAUCAACAGAAUUUCUCCCCAGCAUGUGAAGACUCGUCCAGCUUUUGGUUUAACGGUGCCCUUAUUGACGACCUCCACUGGAGAAAAAUUCGGUAAAUCGGCGGGUAAUGCAGUAUUCAUUGACCCUGAAAUCAAUACCUCCUAUGAUAUGUAUCAGUUCUUCGUGAAUACUACUGAUGCAGAUGUGGCAAAGCAAUUGAAGAUCUUUACUCUGUUACCGUUGGAAUUAAUUGAAGACAUCAUGGCUCAACACGCACUAUCGCCAAAUGAAAGAUACGCUCAAAAAAGGUUAGCUAAAGAAGUUGUGGAUCUGAUUCAUGGAAUUGGUAAAGGUGACGAUGCAGAGUUUGUAUCGCGAAUUUUAUUUGGUGGUUCAGGUUUUGAAAACGUUAAGGCAGCUGAACUGAUCAGAGUCUUCGAUGAGAAUAGAAUUUUGAACAAGAUACCGAUCAAUACGCCAUUGUCUGAUAUUGUGUGUCAAUUGAUCGAUUGUUCAAAGACUGAGUCCAGGAGGAGAAUCAAACAAGGAUCCAUCUAUCUAGGACCAAAUAAGAACAAAGUAGUGGAUGACACCACAAACUUUAGCCCGUUUUUGAUAGAUGAAAGGGUGCUUUUGUUGAGGGUUGGUAAACAAAAAUGCUAUGUCAUUGAAUGCAUAUGA